AUGGACGAAUGGACGAAAGGACGAAAGAACGAAAGAACGAAAGGUCGAAAGGUCGAAAGGUCGAAAGGACGAAAGGGCGAAAGGGAUCAAAGGAUAAAAGUAUCAAAGGAUCAAAAGAUCACAGGAUUAAAUUUUCAAAGGAUCAAAGGAUCCAAGGAACAAAGAAUCAAAGUAUCAAAGGUACAAAGUAUCGUUGGGUCGAAGGAUCGAAGGACCAAAGGACGAAAGGACGAAAAGAUGAAAGGACGAAAGGCUGAAAGGGAUGAAAGGAUUAAAGGAUUAAAGGAUCAAAGUAUCAAAGUAUCAAAGGAUCCAAGGAACAAAGAAUCAAAGUAUCAAAGGUACAAAGUAUGGUUGGGUCGAAGGAUUGCAGGACCAAAGGAUCGAAGGACCAAAGGACCAAAGUACCAAAGGACCAAAGGACCAAAGAACCAAAGGACCAAAGGACGAAAGGACGAAAAGACGAAAGGACGAAAGUACGAAAGGACAAAAGGACGAAAGGACGAAAAGACGAAAGAACGAAAGGACGAAAGGGUGAAAGGGAUGAAAGAAUCAAAGGAUCAAAGGACCAAAGAGUCAAAGGAUCAAAGGAUCCAAGGAACAAAGAAUCGAAGUAUCAAAUGUACAAAGUAUCGUUGGGUCGAAGGAUCGAAGGACCAAAGGACCAAAGUACCAAAGGACCAAAGGACCAAAGAACCAAAGGACCAAAGGACGAAAGGACGAAAGGACGAAAAUGAUCAAAAGGAUGAAAAGGACGGAAAGGACGAAAAGGACGAAAGGCAUGAAAAGGACGACAAUGACUAA